CGAAAGAACUAGCACCUCUCUAGGAACACAUCUCCGCGCAUCUCAUGGAAACCCAAACCAUUCGAGAAAGCUACAUCGAUAAGGGUGAGCUCGAAAAUUUACUGGCCAGGCUGUUCGGGUCGAGCUGGGACGUCGAGUAUGGCGAGGAGUAUAUAAUCCUCACGGUUCCAAAGGGAAAGAAGCUUUCGCUGCAUCAGAUUGCCUCGGUCAGGAGGCCACCGGCUUAACUCGGCUCCACGAAGCCGCCUAACCAAGAGCGAUCAACCUUCUGUGGCGGGUCAUGGCGUCGAACGAUUCGCUCAAGUUGCUUCUCAAAUCCAUUCGUCGUGAGAACUCCGACUUGAGAUGGUUCGUACCGCACAAUGCGCUCGUCAAGGUGAUGGUGAGAGAGAAUCUACGGUCAACACUGAAGGACCAGAUAAAACCAUAUCACAUUGAAGAGACGUUAAAAUCUAUCAUCAGAACAGGAACCAAAAUAUUUGCGAUACUUGUUUUGAUUGAUCACGUGCCAAAAGUUCAGUGUUUCAUCGAGAAAGACCAACUACGCGAUCAGCGACUUCCGUUCACCGUCGACGAACUAAAAACCAUCGUAGAUGACAUCUGCGCUAUUGAUUUCUUUGAGAAGCAAAGUGAAUUUUUAGUCCCGGAGUUCUUUCAGGGUAUGCUCACACGGCGUUUAAACGAACGCACGGUAAUGCCUUUCACGAAAGACUCCCGAAUCGGGGCCGGAAGCUUCGGAAAAGUCUAUGAAAUCUGCUUCCAUCCGGAUCAUCAGCUAUUAGAACCCUGUUUCCAACAGAGACUCGUUAGGAAGGAGAUCGAGGACGAAAAUAUGCACGAAGUAGAGCUUGAAAACCUAUCCAUUUUGAGCCUUUUAAAGCAUCCAAACAUUCUCGACCUCUUGGCGUCUUACAAACAUAAAGGUAAAUGCAACUUGAUAUUCCCUUAUGCAUCCGGAGGCAAUUUAGCAGACACUCUGUCCGGCCAAGUCGAGCAGCCGCAGCUCCAACAUCAGGAAAAUAUGUGGAUAGCUAUUGCCGGAUUGGCAUCCGGCAUUGAAGCUUUUCACGACUUCGUGGAAGAGAAAGUCGAUCUUCGGCUGACAGGAUUCCACCACGAUUUGCGACCGAGAAAUAUCCUCAUCUCUGGCGACAAACUCAUUUUGGCAGAUUUCGGUCUGUCAAGAUUCAAAAAUGCGCAGGAGAACUCGGACACGAAUUUUAAAAUCGGAAGUGGAGAUUACAUUGCCCCAGAAUGUGAAGAUAUCGAGGGUAACUUUGAGAAAUUCCGGAUCCACAGGUCCAGUGACAUUUGGUCCCUGGGCUGCAUCCUCAUUGAAACUGGUGUCUAUCUUUCUUUUGGGGUUUCCGAAUUAUCAGAGUUCCGGAAAGAGCGAAAGUUCAAAGUCCCCAGUCUCUCUGGGCGCUAUCGCACGUUUUCAUUAUUUCAUUAUGGACUAGAUAAAGAGAAUCCUACGGUAUGUAAAUGGCUAUGCAAAUUGGACGCGCUUGGACAACAUACCUUCCACAAAUUCGUCGAACUAUGUCGGAAGACGCUCAAUCUUGAUCACAAUCGAAGACCAAAAGCCAGAGAAGUUGCAUCAAAGCUCCAAGAAAUUGCUACCCUGGCGUUGUAUCAGCAAAUCGACGAAUUAUUCAUCUCCGCUUAUCUCCCGAAGGAAGAUUCUCCAACGGAUUGUCUGUUUGAACAUAUUCGGUUCAGGGGCUGGUUCUGGACCUUGUAUGGAGAUCUUGUAGACUGUCUUCCACACUUCUCCAUUACCGACUUUGAGAACGUCAUCGACAUCCUACGUCAUAUGCGCAAUCAACUCAAUGGCAUAUUAUCAAUCCCCAGAGACUUGCCUUCUCCGUGGAGAGCGAUAGGCCACCUCAAUGACCAGCUAUACCAGUUUCUUUCCCCUCAGCAGCAGCAAAUUUGCCGAGCGUGGCUGACGGCAACAUUGACAAGAGAACCAAGUGUCUCUCUAGACAGCGCCCCGUAUGUGCGACAGAAGGAUAUUAGAAUCCGAGUUUCCUUGGGGCAAAUGAACCAUCUCGCCAACGAGCAUCUCGAGAGGGACAAAAAUCACCGGCAACUGAAUCCUUCCGACAUCGAAAUUGGGUCCAGAUUUGGAGACCAUAAUUUUGGCACGAUAGACAAACCGGCCGACAAACCACCUGUCUUAAUCGAGUGGCGUACCUACAAUCUCGCGUACGUGGACGAGCGCGUUAAUCAAGAGAUGUUUUCUCGCGUCGAGUUGAUCACGGACCUACUAGGCACAGAAAAGCCUGGGGAAUUCCGUUCGCUCAACUGCAAGGGGUUCUUCCACGAUGUUGGACGCCGCGCGUUUGGAAUGGUCUUCGAUCUUCCGUCUCCCUAUCCCCUGCAAAUAGAACCCAUCUCACUCGGCACUCUCAUAACGCGCACGCAGAGAAUCUCCUCUCAGCCCGUGCUCGAUGGCAAGUUCAGACUCGCGUACAUUUUAGCGCGAGCCAUCCUCGAAUUCCACUCAGUCGCUUGGCUCCACAAACGACUCAACUCUUCAAACAUCGCCUUCUUCCCCAACGCCGGGGAAAGCGUCGACGAUUAUGUAUGCAGGCCAUUCAUCAUCGGAUUCAACCACAGCCGACCAAAUGACCCAAAGGCGUUCACCCACGGCUUUAGCGGCGCGGACGAAAAAUUCUACCAACAUCCAGUCUACCUUUCCGGCGACAGUAAGUAUAUCGCUGAAUACGACUAUUAUAGCCUGGGUCUCGUCCUCCUGGAAAUUGGGCUGUGGGGAACGCUCGAGGAUUUCGGGAGAAAAUAUCUUGACGCAUCAGCUGAGGCGAUGCGCAAGGCGCUAAUUUCAUCGAGGGUACCAUUGUUGGGGAAGACGAUGGGUUUGAUGUUUCAACAUAUCGUUCAGACUUGUCUCGAAAGCAGAUUUUGCGAUUCCGUAGAGGAGCAAAAUGAGGAUAUUUCUGUGCCGGUGAUUUUGGCUUUCAAUAACGCUGUCGUAAGCCAGUUGAGGAAAGCAUGCCUGGCCCUCGAUUCAUCCGGAACAAUCGACAUAGAUGUCGCUCAGUAGAAACAAAAGGUCCUUUUUCG